AUUACAUCGCAUUUCCCAAUCUCCAGCAGAGCAGAGCAAAAGAAAUAGAGUCGUCGCAUCACUAAUCCACUACAACAUACAAUGCGCCACUAGCCUUCCUCAGCAAUGCCACCACCCUCCACCCUCUCCCUCCCCGAGCAACUCUCCCUGCUCUCCCUCUUCCUCUGCUCCAUCGCUGUAGUCGGCAACACCUUCCACGGCGAUGGCGAGCCCCUCAUCGCCUCCCUCGCCUUCAGCGGCAUGGCCUUCAGCGCCACCUACGCCAUGAUCCGGUGGCUGGGUCCUACAUUCAUGAAAGCGGGAUUGAGGGGGAAGGAUCUGAGUAAAGUUCACAAGAAGGAGAUUCCGGAGACGAUGGGAGCGGUGUGCGCGGUGGUGUAUUUGUUGGUGGCGAUUGUGUUUAUUCCGUUCCCGUUUUAUAAGGAUAUUGUGGCGGCGACGUCGGGGGGGGGAAAUAGGGAUGUUGUGGUUGAGGUGGUGAAUAUCGAGACUGGGAGAUUCCUCCACCGAUUCCCUCACAACAAGCUAGCAUCCUACCUCUCCGCCCUCCUCUCCCUCCAAUCCGUCGUCAUCCUCGGCAUCGGCGACGACCUCUUCGACAUCCGAUGGCGCCACAAAUUCUUCAUCCCCGCCUUCGCCUCAAUCCCCAUCCUAAUCGUCUACUUCGUCGAUUUCGGCGUAACCCACGUCGUCGUCCCCACGCCCCUUCGCCCUUACCUCGGCGAGCUGCUUAAUUUGGGGUGGGGGUACUACCUCUACAUGGCCGCGAUCGCUAUUUUUGCUCCAAACAGCAUUAACAUCCUCGCGGGGAUAAACGGGAUCGAAGUCAGCCAAUCCCUCGUCAUCGCUGGGCUGCUCGCCGGGAACGACAUCUUGUACCUCCUCCCCCCUUCUCCACCACUUCAUCCAGCCACAGACUCGCAUCUGUUGUCGCUCUACCUCCUUCUCCCUUUCAUCGGCGUGUCCCUAGCGCUGUGGACGCAGAACAAGUACCCCGCUAAGGUGUUCGUGGGGGACACGUACUGUUAUUUUGCCGGGACUGUAUUCGCUGCCUGUGCGAUCCUGGGGCAUUUCUCAAAGACGCUGCUGUUGCUUUUGCUGCCGCAGAUUGCGAAUUUCAUAUACUCCGCUCCCCAACUCUUCCGGUUGAUCGCGUGUCCGAGGCACAGAUUGCCGCGGUUUAAUGCGCGUUCUGGACUCCUUGAACCUUCCGUGACGCCGUGGACGCGGGAGCCUAAUAGGUUGCAGAGUUUGUUGAUUUCGGUGCUGGAGAAGGUGGGAUGUCUGGGAGUCAACCGCGACGAAGAUGGAAAGGUGAGGGAGACGACCAAUAUGACGAUCCUGAACCUCUGGCUGGUGUGGAGGGGGCCGUUGAGGGAGGAUAGGUUGUUGAAUGAGAUUGUGUGUAUGCAGGUGAUUGUUGGGUUGGGCGGGUUGUUUGUGAGGCAUAAGGCGGCGUUGUUGAUUUUUACGGUGGAUAAUUUGUAG